AUGUACAGGUUCAAGGUGUCUGCACCGAGCACGGUGCUUUUAUGUGGAGAAUAUAAAAAAAGUUGUGUAGCAGCCGGCUUAGACAUGCGCACCGUUCUUACAUUCUCUUCAUUUCCUACAGAAGUAGUUCGAAAAGAUUUUAUCGAAAUAAAAUUUUCCAGUAUCCGAUUACACAUGAAGAUACCUUUACGCAUAUUUCUCUUACAUUUUUAUAAAAAAAAUUACGAUCGGACACUUAAUCCUCUUCAGGUGCUUCAAUCAGUAAAAAACUUUAUUAAAUUCUUGACAGGCUUUCCCGGCAAUUACGAUCCCGACAAUUACGCACAUCAGUUAAGCUUACAAGCUUUCUUUUUUCUUCUUGUUACUAUUAGCUAUCAAAAAAACAUCAUUAUAAACUCAUCUUUCGUUGUGGAACUUUCAUCGAAAUUACCGAUUGGGGAGGGUUUGGGCAGUUCCACCUCGUUUAUAGUAUGUUUAGCGGCAUGUUUUUUUCGUUGGUAUCUCUUGCAACAUGGAACGGUCCGCUACAUAUUUAAUUCUACAGAUCGUACAUAUAUCAUGGAAAAUGUCUCCAAUUGUGAAUAUUUUAUAUUCAAAUCCUUCAAUUUAAUCAACAUCGCAAUAUCUAUAAAUGGCAUGGUACAAGUAUUUGAAGAAGAGGAACUAAUGUUAAAUUUUUUUUCUGACCUUCCGAGCAUGAAAAUCCUGUUGGUCUUUUCAAAUGUUAGCCAGAAAAUCGGGCAAAUGAAAGUGGAAAUGAUAGUAAAAGAGCAGUUAUCUUCUUCCGUUGAUGUUAUUGUAAAUAGUAUUGAGAUUAUAUCGAAAAAGUUUAUUCAAACCCUUAAGGAGAUGAAAAAAGAAAUGCUUUUCUUAAGACGGCAGGAGAUCGUUGAAAUUAAUUCAGUUCGUCUCACAAACUAUUAUAAAGAUUUAAUGAAUCUCAUUCACAUGAAUCAAGGAUUACGAAAAGCAUUAGGCAUGGUACAUCCAAAUAUAAACACUAUUUGUGCAAUUGCGCGGGAUUCUUCGCUUGGAGCAGAAAUCGCCGCCAACCGCGGAGGUGGAUACGCAUUUAUUUUGCUGCUACCAAGCAACUCAGAUGAAUACAUUCAAGAUCUGAUCAAAAUAUUUAAGUCACAUAAUUUCACUGCCAAGGUAACCAGUUUGAAUUGUAGCGGAGUAAGAGUUGAAUAA